AUGGUUCUGCAUAGAUUAUCUUACAAAAGACGAGACCUGAAUAUUUAUGAGCUGGCUUGGGGGAAACUGCCUUGCACACUCACUGUGUGUUUACUUGCUUCUUUGUUCCUCCCCAUUUCCAUCAAACUUGAAACACUUUCUUUAUCCUCCUCCUCCUGUGACACUACUUCUCCUUUUUUUUUUCUUCCUGGAUAUACUUUGUUUGUGCGAAGAACCAUAGAUUCCAUAUUUUCCUUACCUCCUUAUAAACUACUUGCACGGAUGAAGCAAGAUCCACAGAAGCUGGCGGUCCGGAGCUGUCCUGUGGAAAGUGCCAAGCCCAUCCCGCUCAUCAAGGCACCAAACAGUCAGGGGGGCAUUGCCAUCUCAGUGGUCCCGGCCAAAGCACCUGUCACUAUGGUGACUGCACACCUCAAUGGCCAGAAAACAGCUACGGCCUCAGCACCAUCAACGGCCAACAGUGCUGAACCCCCACAGACUGCCCCCAUUAACCUACAGACAACCAGCAAAUUGGUGGGGGGUACCUUAAACAUGACAGCAAGGAGAGUUUCAGAGAUGCCCCAUGCCCAGACAUUGGGUACUAUAACUGCAGUGCCAAUUAAAGUCCCUCAGGUCAGAUCCUUGCACAGAUUGGCAGGACAUGGACCAGCAGUGCUACCUCAGGUUAGGCCAAAGACUCUGAUUCCAGAAAGCCUUCCCAUCUCCCUCUGCAGAGACCAGCCUUCUAAACAACCCCCUACAUUUCAAAAGGCCACGGUGGUCAGUAUCAAAAACCCCAGCCCAGCCCUUCCCACUGCCAACAACACCGUCAGCCACCUCCAGGCUUCCAACGGCCAAUCUCAGAGCUCACUGGAACCAACAAUUUCUUCGCCUCUAAGUAGUGGAGGUGUGGCCUACGCAAUUAUAUCCACCUCGCCAAGCAAUGCAAACCCAAUUAACACCAGCAACGUUUCUGUGGUCAAUGAUGGCAUCAAAGUUCAACCGCUCCUAAUCAGCGCUGACAGCAAGGUAAUUAUCAUACAACCUCAAGUUCAGAGCCAACCAGAGAUCAAAACAAAAAUUAAGAAACCUUGUGAAGAACCUCCUCAGGGACCCCCAGCUACCAAAAAGAAAAAGGAGGAAAAUCCUGAGAAAAUUGCCUUUAUGGUAGCACUAGGCCUUGUUACAACAGAACAUCUGGAAGAGAUCCAAAGCAAACGUCAUGAGAGAAAAAGGAGAAGUACGGCCAAUCCGGCUUACAGUAGCCUCCUGGAACCCGAGAGGAAACGCCUUGCUUCAAACUAUAUGAGUAACCCGUUCUUAUCAGGGAAAGCGAUAACGGAUUCCUAUUGGAAGAAUGAGAUCAUUCAUGAUGGACACUGCUCAGCAUGCAAACGGGGCAGUAAUUUACAGCUGUGUGGAAUGUGCCCAAGAGCUUACCAUUCAGACUGCUUAGAUUCACCAGUGAAAGUAGCACCCAAAGGAGUCUGGAUGUGUCCAAAGUGCCAACAGAAGGUAUUAAAAAAGGAAACCGUGCCAUGGAGUGGGGCCCUCGCCAUCGUUCAGUCUUACGUCACACAUAAAUCUGUGAAAGAGGAAGAGAAAAGGAAAUUAUUGAAGAAAGGCAAUGAAUUGAAAAAUGAACAGAGACAGCUUGAAGACCAAGAACGACAGCUGAACAAUGCUAUAAAGAAAUGCUUAGAGCUAAAGAAUAGCUUGCUGGCCCAGCAGAGAGGAACUCAGUCAUCUUUGGAUCGUCUGAAAACUCUCAUUAGACUGAUUCAAAGCGAACAGAUGCUUCAGGUCACCAUGACGACAACCGCCACCGCUUCAUUGCUGACGGUCCCCUGGAUGAAACCCUCAUCUGCAACCCCUACUAUUCACAAAGGUGGCCUGCAGCAGUCUCAGAGUAACAAUUGACAUGGGCAGAUGAGACUAUAACUUUAAGUAAAUUUCGCCAAGAAGGAGA